GCCUCAGUUGCGCAAUCUGAAGGCGCUGCGCAUUCACACGCGCACGCGCAGUGUUGUUAGGACUUCUCCGCGGGUGCACAGAAACCUCCAGCCCGGAUCCAAACGCUGACUCCGUCUUCUGAUGCCGCGGUGAACCGCCGGGAUCCGCUCGGAACCGCGAUCCAGUUCUGCGUGGACCCGAGCAGACGCAGCCCGCCGCGCGCGCACCAGCGCGCAGCUCUUUGCGGAAGCCGAGGCGGCGCUCCGGACAUUAGCAUACGAACGAGCGUCGGCGCGCGGACGGCUCAGCGCGGCUGCCCGCACACACGCCGCCUCACCCCGUGAACGAACACCGGCCCCGGCCUCCGUCUGUCAGCAUCGAGUGUCCGUCCGCCUGCAGAGGAGAUGGGGGACAAGGCGGGCACCAGAGUCUUCAAGAAGUCCAGCCCCAACUGCAAGCUCACAGUUUACCUGGGAAAGAGGGACUUUGUGGACCACCUGGACCACGUGGAUCCAGUGGACGGUGUGAUCCUUGUGGACCCAGAGUACCUAAAGGACAGGAAAGUCUUCGUCACUCUGACCUGUGCGUUCCGAUACGGCCGUGAGGAUUUGGACGUGCUGGGCCUGUCCUUCCGGAAGGAUCUGUAUAUCUCCACUUUCCAGGCGUUCCCCCCAGUGCCUGAGGAGCGUAAACCCAACAGCCGUCUGCAGGAGCGGCUGCUGAAGAAGCUGGGCCAGCAUGCUCACCCCUUCUACUUCACAAUCCCCCAGAACCUCCCGUGUUCUGUCACCCUGCAGCCGGGUCCUGAGGACACCGGGAAGGCCUGCGGAGUGGACUUUGAGAUCAGAGCAUUCUGUGCCAAGUCCAUAGAAGAGAAGAUCCACAAGAGGAACUCGGUGCGUUUGGUGAUCAGGAAGGUCCAGUACGCUCCAGAGAAGCCCGGCCCACAGCCCAUGGUGGAGACGACCCGCAGCUUCCUGAUGUCAGACAGAUCCCUGCACCUGGAGGCCUCGCUGGACAAAGAGCUGUACUACCAUGGAGAGCCCAUCAGCGUCAAUGUUCACGUCACCAACAACUCCACCAAGACCGUCAAGAGAGUGAAGAUCUCAGUGCGUCAGUACGCAGACAUCUGCCUGUUCAGCACCGCUCAGUACAAAUGUCCAGUGGCCCAGCUAGAGGCUGACGACCAGGUGUCGUCGAGCUCCACCUUCUGUAAGGUGUACACUCUGACCCCUACACUGGACAAGAACCGCGAGAAGAGGGGCCUGGCUCUGGACGGCAAGCUGAAGCACGAAGACACCAACCUGGCCUCAUCCACUAUUGUGAAGGACGUCACCAACAAGGAGGUGCUGGGCAUCCUGGUGUCCUACAGAGUUAAGGUCAAGCUGGUGGUUUCACGCGGAGGCGAUGUAUCGGUGGAGCUGCCCUUCAUCCUCAUGCACCCCAAACCUGUGGAACCGCCAGCGUCCCGGCCUCAGUCCGCGGUGCCAGAGAUGGACCCCCCCAUCGACACCAACUUGAUAGAGUUUGACACAAACGUCUCCCAGGACGACGACUUCGUCUUCGAAGACUUUGCCCGCCUCCGGCUCAAAGGCGUCGUGGACGACAAAGAUGAGGACUGCUAGGAGCCCGCCCCCGCCACGCCCGCUUUCCAAACACACACGCACACACACACACACACACUCUGAGGCUCAGCGUUACAUUCCCGACGGAGGACGGGUCCCGGCUCGGCGGCGCUCGUCCUGUCCGUGUCAUCGCGCCGUCUUUGUUCGUCUUUUAGUUUAAGCUCGAGAAUAAAAAAAAAAGUUCACAGCUGCAGGUGUGUUUGUGGGCGGGGCUUUCAGGUCCAGAGUCAGAGCCAGCGCCGCAGCUUUGGCCCUGUCCAUUUGCCAUCAUGCUGCUGAAGGUUCCGGUCCACUUCCUGUUCCUGUAGUUCUGACAGGAAGCAGCGUUCUUUCAUGUCCAGUUACCCUUCCUCCCUCACCCCAGAACCAUUCGGACCUUUUAACCGGAAGCCCUGAUCCGAGGGCGUCUUUAUCUCCAUCAGACCCCGACCCAGAUCCACCUUUUGGACUGACUUUGAUUCCACUGAAUCCGAAUCAUUUCUGGGUUUAAAAGUGUGGUUCUGACGGGUUGAACUAGAACUCAUCUGUGAUUGAUGUUUGCCAGAAUCGGCUUGAGUUGGAUUUCUGGCUCACACGGGUUGUUCUGGUUUGCUCAUUUUGUGGGAGUGGAGGAUGACUCCGACCCGUGACCCUGUUUUGAUCCAGAACCUUCUCUUCAAUUUUUAAAUUGCAUAAAGACGAUUGAUACCUGAAGCCUAGCAGAACAAUCCCUGACCCGAUCCGAGUGGUGAGCUGCCAACGUCUGGUUCAACUGUGUUUUUUUUUUUUAAUCGGUUCUUUAAAUCGUUCUGUUCUGGUUGGGUUUAGUUGGAUUCUCUGAUCUCUUUGUGUUCUUUUGGACCUGCUGGUUUCUUAAAAGAUUUAAAACACAGUCUAGUUUGUGAAGACAGAAAAGAACCGGCAGAAAGUUCUGUUCCGCAGAGCCAGAACUUGUUCUAACUUUGUCAAAGAGCCUGAAGUUCUUUGACUCAAAUGGAGGGAAGUUCAGUGGAGGUUCUGUUUGCUCAUACAGAACAGAACUGCAGUUUGGGCCCCUAACAGUUUUGGUUCCUUGCCAGCCUCUGAUCGUAUCUGUGAAGACCGCUCCACAGAAUCCUCCAGAACCAUCAUGAGUCCAAACUGGGUUCGGCUCUGCUGUUGUAGCGCAGUCCCCCUCGGACUCUGGAUGAAGCUCUGAUGUUCCGGACGACCCGUUGGGGUGGAGUUGGUUCUGCUGAGGCGGCGCUGGGCUCUACUCGGUGGAUCCUGGCCUGCAGGGGGCGCCGUGCCUGUUAUUUUGAAGAUUUUUGAAUCACAAACUGCCAGCAGCCCCACCCCUCUCGGGCCCCGCCCCCUGGGUUUGGGGGCGUGUUCAGUUGGUGCUGUGCUCGUGUCCUCGUGCUCGUGCGUCUGUGGGUGUGACAUAUUUGGACGAGUGCCAUGCUAACAGUGAUCUCUGCUGCUGGACCCCCAGCAAACACUGAUGAUGAUUAUUAUGCUUCUGAUUAUUAUUAUGUGACUAUUAUUAUUAUUCUACUGUAUCAUCACUGCGACCACAUUAUCCUCAUAAUCAGUUCAGAGUCUGUUUGCCAUCUAUUUUUUAUGUUGAGAUUUUUAUUUUAGUUCUCUUUUUAUUAUUAAAGUUCAAAUGAAUCCAGA